AACAAGUACAUAAAAUGAUCGCCAGAUUCAACGAGUUAAAUUCAACGCCAAUUUCAACGAACUUUAUUCAGCAUUGAAGCUAAGUGAACAAACCAACUCUUUCAUUCUUUCAUACUAUCAAAUUAACAGAUCAACAAACUCAAGACGUGUUUUUGAAAAACAAACAAACAUUCUAGUGAAAUCGACUACAAAUUUGUGGCAUCAUUAAGUAAUGCCGAGAAAACGAGUGUGCGUGAUCGGAGCCGGACCUUCUGGAUUGACAACUCUACACGCACUGCAGAAACUUGAUACAGAAACAGAUUACGAAGUGGUGUGUUUUGAGAGAUACGACAAAAUCGGAGGCAUUUGGAAUUUCCAGGGAAAAGAAGGCGUGGAAGAAGAUGGCUUAGAGGUUCACUCCGGCAUGUAUCAUAACCUCAUCACAAAUGGCCCAAAGGAAUCAGUGGAACUACCCGAUCACCUGUUCCCGCUGGACGACCCAGAACUUACUGGAUACCCUUGCUUUCCAGACCGACCAUACAUGUACAAGUACCUCGAGAGCUACGCUGAGAAAUUCGGACUCAUGAAGUUUGUAAAAUUUAAAACUUGGGUCGAGGACGUCAAAUUUGAGGACGAAACGGAACAUUUCAUAGUUAGGGUGAAAGACUUGGACACCUCUGAAAGCCGAAUCGAGGAACCUUUUGACUUCGUUAUUGUAGCAACUGGUCAUUUCAACUACCCAAACUACGUUUCAUACCCGGGUCAAGAGACAUUCAAGGGACAGGUGUUGCACUCGAAGCACUUUAUAGACGGGGAACGCUAUAAAGGGAAAAGAAUUCUGGUAGUGGGUGCAUCUUAUUCGGCGGAGGAUAUCGCCUUCCAGACGCUCAGAGCAGGGGCUGCUCACGUGACCAUCUCCUACAGGACUAAACCCAUGCAGGCCACGUGGCCAGAGGGAAUCGACCAGAGGCAGCUGCUGGAGAGAAUCGAAGGCAACACAGUCAGUUUCAUCGACGGAUCUAAAGAUGACUAUGACGUCAUUGUUUACUGCACCGGCUACCUGCAUCUCUUUCCUUUUAUGGAAGAACGGCUCCGUCUGGAAACUCACAACAGAAUGGCUCCUCCUCUGUACAAACAAAUUGUGCUUCCGCAGAACCCGAAAGUAUUCUACAUUGGCAUGCAAGACCAGUACUACACGUUUACUAUGUUCUGGUUACAAGGCCAUUUUGUUGCAAGUAUGAUAAAAGGCGACAUCUCAGUACCUUCCAAAGAAGAAAUGCUCUCCGAAAUAACUCAGAGCCAGAAACAGGAGGCGGAGCUGAAAAACUGUUAUGACGACAUUCGCUUCCAGACUACAUACGUGAACGAACUGGCCAAACUGACGGGACAAGUGAGCGUGGACUCCGCUGAGUUAUUUUACGUAUGGGAAGAAGAUAGACAUGUAGAUACAUCAACGUACAAAGAGAAGACUCAUUUCCAGUCUCUUUUCAGAUGAAAACUCACUUCACUUCGAAUAAAACAGUCAAAUUAUAAACAAACCGAAAACAAGCGAAGUGUUUACGCUGUCGAACGUUACGUAUAUUGUGUGGUAAUUUGCAUAAAUUUCUCACCUGUAUUUGGUUAAUUUUCUCACCUGUAUUAGUAUUAACAAACUAAUUUUGAGAAAUGAGCGCGCGCCGAAAAAACGCGGUUUU